ACCAAUGUUUCUUACUUCGGAACGUUUAUCGAUAGUCGAGUACAUCUCGAGCCCAACGCCAACUCGCUCCAAAUUCGUUUUCCAGCAACCGAAACUUUCAUACGAAAAUAAUUUGUUUCUUUUAUCUUUCAAUUAUUCGUUAUGGUAUGGUUCUAUUGCCUUAAUUUGUAUACUGUAUUUGGUUAUAUGCUUAGUUACUGUAUGGGAAUGGAAACAGAAAAAAUCAACUAAAAAGAUAGAAAGUGGAGUUUUGAGGCCGAAUGUAAUCGAUGUGGCUCUCUUCACAUUUGGAGCUGCGUGUCAACAAGGAAGCACAGUUGAAUUAAAAGGAGCUCUCGGUCGUAUGGUGUUGCUAUUACUCUUCGUGGCGCUAACAUUUCUAUACACAUCAUAUUCUGCAAAUAUCGUCGCCUUACUGCAGUCCAGCUCUUCACAAAUUAGGACUUUAGAAGAUUUGUUGCAUUCGAGGAUUAAGUUUGGCGUUCAUGACACAGUUUUUAAUAGACAUUACUUUAAGACAGAGACCGAACCUGUACGUAGAGCUAUUUAUAAAACUAAAGUCGCUCCACCUGGAACGGAGCCCCGAUUUAUAAGUAUGGAAAAAGGAGUAAAAGAAAUGAAAAAAGGACUGUUCGCUUUUCAUAUGGAAACAGGCGUGGGUUACAAAUUUGUUGGAAAGUAUUUCGAAGAAGGAGAAAAAUGUGGUCUCAAAGAAAUUCAAUAUUUACGCGUAAUCGACCCGUGGCUUGCAGUUAGAAAAAACACACAGUUCAUGGAAAUGUUCAAAAUUGGUGUUUCGACAGCCAGCGAAUGGAAACUAGAAAGCUUCGGUACUUGGUCAGCUAAACAGGGUUUGAAUAAAACAAAUGAUAUGUCUGUUGAAAUAACGAUGCGAAGGAAAAAUUUAGGGGGCUUACCUAUUGCCGCGUCUUUAGUAAUUACCAGUAAUGAAACGAAGAAGCAAUUAUUUAACCUGAGGGAUCUACACAUAGACUUCAUAACCAAAGCCAGUUUUCGACAAUUGGAUCCUUUGUACUAUUUCCUGAAUGCAUCACGAGUGCUUAUUUUCACGGACAAUUGGGGUUAUAUUAUUAACGGAUCGUACAAUGGUAUGAUUGGAGACAUCGUUCGCGAGGUUGCUGAGCUUACAGGUACUGUAGUUUUCAUCACGAAACAACGGUUGAAAGUUUUGGAUUACUUGUCAUAUCCAACGAGUACGACGGUUAAGUUCGUGUUUCGUCAACCAAGUCUAUCCUAUGAGAACAACCUCUUCAUCUUACCGUUUAAGCCUCGAGUUUGGUUUUGUAUUUUCGGGCUUAUCGUAUUAAUGCUACUUAUAGUAUUCAUCAACGCACGAUGGGAAAGUAUUAAAUAUGAACCUGACACGCUAGAUAAAACAUUUUUAAAACCGAAUUUAAGUGAAAUCGCUCUUAUGGUUAUUGGCGCGAUUACCCAACAAGGAAGUUAUACCGAACUUAAAGGUACUCUGGGAAGGGUAGUGAUGUUUCUAAUGUUCUUAGCUUUUCUUUUCUUAUAUACGUCGUAUUCAGCUAAUAUUGUAGCACUCCUGCAGUCCAGCUCUAAUCAGAUAAACACAUUGGCCGAUUUAUUGAACUCUAAACUGGAAUUGGGAGUUGAAGAAACUCCGUAUAAUAGACACCACUUUUUAGCGGCAACAGAUCCAAUUAAGAAAGCCAUUUACGAAAAGAAAAUCGUACCUCGCGGAUACAAGCCAAAUUUUAUGAGUUUGGAAGAAGGAGUGAGAAGAUUGCAAAAGAAACCGUUUGCGUUUAAUAUGUUCCUUGGCGGUGGAUACAAAUUAGUUGAGAAAUAUUUCCUAGAGCACGAGAAAUGUGAUCUAGAAGAAAUAGAGUAUAUCGAAGAAAACAAACCGUGGCUAGCUUGUCGCAAAAAAUCUCCAUUGAAAGAAAUGUACAAAAUUGGAUUAUUUAGAAACCAGGAGCACGGAUUGAAUUCCCGAGUAAAUUUUUUAAUCUACGCAAAAAAACCGACUUGCAUUGUCCAUGGCGGUACAUUUGAUUCUGUUAAUAUGACAGAUUUUUACCCAGCUCUAUUAAUGCUUGCUUAUGGAACGAUACUGGCUCUUAUUCUUUUGCUUCUUGAAAUAUUUCACUGGAGACAAUUUCGUAUGAUAAAUACUUAGGAAUCAUAAAUUUUAACUCACUGUAAAGUUGUACAGUAUG